AUGGCUCAGAGCAGCGGCGAACACAGGGUCGGCGUCCACUACAAAGUGGGCAAGAAAAUCGGCGAGGGCUCUUUUGGCAUAAUUUUCGAGGGCAUCAAUCUCCUCAACAACCAGCAAAUAGCCAUCAAGUUCGAGCCGAGAAAAUGCGAGGCGCCCCAGUUGAGGGACGAGUAUCGCUCGUACCGCAUUCUCAGCGAGGCCGCCGGCGUGCCAAAGGCGUAUUUCUUUGGUCAGGAGGGCGUGCACAACAUCUUGGUCAUCGAUCUUUUGGGCCCGUCUUUGGAGGAUCUUUUUGACUGGUGUGGGCGCAAGUUUUCUACGAAAACCGUGGCCCAGGUUGCCAAGCAGAUGCUCCAGAGGAUGCAGUCCAUCCAUGAGCACAACCUCAUCUACCGCGACGUAAAGCCCGACAACUUCCUCAUUGGUAAGCCUAGCACGCCGCAGGCCAAUAUGGUGUACGUGGUGGACUUUGGCAUGGCCAAACAAUACCGCGAUCCCAAGACCAAAACACAUAUUCCAUACAAGGAGAAGAAGGCGUUGAGUGGCACUGCGCGGUACAUGUCCAUCAACACCCAUCUAGGCCGCGAACAGCUGCGCAGAGAUGAUUUGGAGAGUCUUGGCCAUGUGUUCAUGUACUUUUUGCGUGGCCACUUGCCCUGGCAAGGCUUGAAGGCGCCCACAAACAAGCAGAAGUACGAGAAAAUCGGCAUCAAGAAGCAAACCACCUCCAUCAACGAGCUCUGCUACGGGUUCCCGAUCCAGUUUGCGCAAUACUUGACGUACGUGCGCAACCUCAGAUUUGACGAGGAGCCCGACUACGAUUACUUGCUUGGCUUGAUGGACAAAGCGCUCAUUUCCAUUGACGAGAAGGCAGACGGCCAUUACGAUUGGAUGGACCUCAAUGGAGGCAAGGGCUGGGACGCAGCGCUCAACAAAAAGGCCAAUCUACACGGAUACGGCAACCCACACCCGCCUCAGAGACAGCGCAAGGCAACCAACAACACAAACAGUAACGCGGCGGUCCAAAGCAAGCGCGCACCCUUGGUCAGUGCGUCUCCCAACCAGCCGCUAAUGCCACUGCAACAACGCCUCAGCCGUUCACAGUCAAUGACACACGCCAACUACAACUCAACAAUGGAUUCAAAUGGAGCCAAGGCAGGGCCCUUGCACCACAACAGGGUGUUGGCGCCGCACGAGGACGCUGAAUUGCAUUCCGACACGUCAAGUUUUGAUGCCCGGAGAAACAAGAAGUCAUGGAUACGAAGCGUUUUCUGCUGCUACUGA